CUCGCUUUCACUUUUCUUUGCCCGACAAAAGGCUCCGCCGCCGACGGUUGCGAUUUCCUUUUUUCGCCAUUGUUGGAACCCGUAGAGGUGGAAUUUGUCUUGUUUGAUGAUGGAUAUCACUGUAAAUGAGCUUCUUACAAGGAAAAAAACUGUCCGGAGCCAUCAGAUAAGGGCUGAUUUGGCUGUAUCGACACCUAAGAAUCAGCAAGAAAAGUCUCAAGCUUUGUCCUCGCAACGACAGAUAACAGUCCCUAGUAAGAAUCCAGACAUACAUUUCUCUGCAACUGAAAGCUCCCCUGGUUUGAGAUGUGCUGAUAAGGUUGGUGAGAAGAGAAAGAGGAAUGAUGAGUGUGGUCAAAUUGUUAAUACUGAAAAUGGCAGUAAGUCUGAAGACAUUAUUGUGAAUCUAAUCAAAAUUGGCAAUAGAGUUGUGGCGGAUAAUUUUGGAGGUGCAAGAGAAGAGUCUGGAAGAGGAAAGCAACUCCUUGAGGUUGAUCUUUGCAAAGAAACAUUGCCAAAUGCCAUGAACAGGAACGGUGAAGUGGGAGCUGCAUUGGGGGACUCUCAGAAUCUUCAGGCAAAUAAUAACUCUGGUCUAUGUAACACAAGUUCAGAAGUUGCAGUACAACCAAACACCUUUGAAUGUGUUGGUCCAACGUUUAACAAUUUUGAUAAGCUGAGGGAAGAGGUAAACUUUGCAGUUGGUCAGACCUGGGCUAUUUAUGAUACAGUGGAUGGGGUGCCUAGGUUGUAUGCUAAGAUCAUAAAAGUUUCAGCUCCUUGUUUUGGGCUUAGGAUCACAUAUCUAGAGCCAGAUCCAGAUAAUGAGAAGGAGAUCCAAUGGUUUGAAGAAGACUUGCCUGUUUCUGUUGGUAAGUUCAGGCUUGCCAAUAAUCAGAACACAAAGGAUCGUUCCAUAUUUUCACAUGUUAUUCAUUGCAAUGAACUAAGCAACACUCGUUGUUUCAGCAGAAGUUGUUAUUCCUUCAACACUUGUCAUUUUAGUGUAUCCCCUAGAAAAGGCGAGACAUGGGCACUUUUCAAGAAUUGGGAGAUUAAAUGGUCUUCGGAGCCAGAUUCUCACCGCAACUACCAGUAUGAAUUUGUCGAGGUUCUGUCAGAUUACGCUGAUGAAGGUGGUGUAUAUGUUGCAUACUUGCAUAAAGCCAAAGGGUUUGCUAGUGUGUUCUUCCGAAUAGGAACUGGUUAUGACGGUAUAUUUCGUAUUUUACCUCACAGUUUGUAUCGGUUCUCCCAUAGGGUUCCUUCCUUCAAACUGACUGAAGUUGAAGGAACAGGUGUGCCAAAAGAUGCUUACGAGCUGGACCAAGCUGCGUUACCAGAGAAAAUCGAAGAGAUCAUCGUUCCUUCAAACUCUGAGAGUAAUAUAGAGUCCAAACGCCAAGUCAUCUACUUUGCUAGCAAGGGGAAGGUCUUUCAGACUGGCCAGAUUUGGUCAUUUUACAGUGGAUAUGAUGAUUUGCCUCUGCACUAUGGUAGGGUUCAGAAAAUCACUUUUACUCAAGCAUAUAAGCAGGAUCCGGUAAUCAAACUACACAUAGGUCGGCUAAAGAAGACUAGGUUUCCCAAGGAUGUUAUUGACUGGGAAGACGGGCAAAUGCCUGUUGGUUGUGGAACUUUCUACGCCAGAAAAGUUCUAGAAACAAUCACCCCAAGUGAGGUUUCACAGCAGAUAAUUCCUCAAACGUCCUUGGAUGGCACUGAAUAUACCAUUCUCCCCAAGGUUGGUGAAGUUUGGGUUAUAUACAGAUAUUGGAGUCGUGACAUUGAUGUUGAAGACUUGGAAUAUGGUCUUUAUGACAUGGUUGAAAUUCUUGAUGACACUUUAGACUAUGAGGUCCAACUGCUGGAGUACGAAUCCGUUCGUGAUGAUGAUAAAAGUGAGAAUAGGUUGUUUAGCGCAUGUACGGAGUAUGUAUAUAACGAGGAUGAAGGGUCGGAACCAAUAUUUACUAUCCCAAAGUCAGAAAGGAUCAGAUUCUCGAAUAGGGUUCCUGCUACCCGUGUAACCAAAGAGAUGCACGGAGAGUUGAAAGAGUUAUUAAGUGUUGAUUGUAGGGCGACACCUUUUAACGUUAAAUACCGUUGAACAGAGGAAUUGAGAGAAGAAAAGGGACGGAAAGCGCCAAGGAUUACCUUUUUUGUUAGAUUUUGUUGUGAAAUAUGUUUUCGGUUUUAGAAUCUUAAGACUUUCACCAUGAUGUUACAUGAAGUAUGUUCUUAUCUGUAAUUUGAAUGGCAAGUAUUUGCAGGUGGGCUUAA